GGGCUCACCUCCCCCGGGACGCUGUGGUGCGGCGCCGGCAGCAACGCGGACGUCUACGAGCAGCUGGGGGAGCACCGGGACACAGACCGGUGCUGCCGGGACCAUGACCACUGCCAGCAUGUCAUCCACCCCUUCACCGCCCGCUAUGGGUACCGCAACCUGCGCUGGCACACCAUCAGCCACUGCGACUGCGACCGCAGGUUGAAGGAGUGCCUGCGGCAGGUGAACGACACGGCCUCACGGGUGGUGGGACAGGCCUUCUUCAAUGUCAUCCAGGUGCCCUGCUUCGAGUUCGCCUACAAGGAGGAGUGCGUGGAGCCCUACCUCUACGUCUGGUGCAAGGCGUACAACACGGUGGUCGUGGCGGUGCCCAGGGAGCCGGUGCUGUACGAGUUCGGUGGGGAGCUCAUCGACCGGGCGGACCCAUGGGCCCCACUGCCUGACGUGGGGGAAACGGCCAACACCAUCCUGAGGGAUGCCCCAGUGCGGGAGGGCUUGGGCAGGGAGCCGUCCGCAGCCCCUCCACCCCUGGUCCACACCGCCAGUGGGAAGAGGAGGAGGAAGGAGAGAAACAGAAAGAAGAGGCUGAAAAUCAAAGCUGAGGCAGAGCCUGCAUGA